UAUGGGCUGAAAAGGUGUGUUUAUGAAGCUGUGAUUUGUUUUAAAAGAAUUUGACUGUGCCUCCAUUUGUGGCCGACUCCAAAUCAUUGCUUUCCAUUACUUUUGUCUCUCCAAAAUCUUUCUCCUUAUAUUAAUUCACUUUCAUACUUCCGUUUUCUCCCACAUUCCCCAUUUCCAUCGCGAAUUUAUCAUUAGGGUUUCUGUUUUUCCUUAAUUUCGCUGUCUUCUGAUUCCAACUUGCUGGAAUGUGAUGGGGGAAUGAUUCAAUGAGUUUUCCGAUUCCCUUUGUUCUUAAUGGGCUGCGUUUUUGGCCGAGAGGUUUCUGCGAAGCCCGUUCAGAGACCGAACGCCGAUGACGAAAUUAGGGCUUCUGCCAAGGCGGAGGUUCCUGAGAUUCGAGCUGAUGCUGCCGCUAAUGUUCGCAAUGGCGGAAGUAGGAACGAGGUUGAUGAUGAUAGAGGUUCGAGGCCGAGGCGGCGAUCGUCGAGGCCGAAUCCGAGAUUGAGUAAUCCGCCGAAGCAUGGCGAGCAAGUCGCCGCUGGUUGGCCGUCUUGGCUCUCCGCCGUCGCCGGUGAAGCUAUCAAUGGAUGGAUUCCUCGCCGUGCUGACAGUUUCGAGAAGCUUGAUAAAAUUGGGCAAGGGACGUAUAGUAAUGUGUACAAAGCCAGAGACUCAUUGACAGGGAAGAUUGUGGCUCUGAAGAAGGUUCGUUUCGACAAUUUGGAGCCCGAGAGCGUCAAGUUUAUGGCCCGGGAAAUUCUCAUUCUGCGGCGUUUGGAUCAUCCAAAUGUUGUUAAACUCGAAGGUUUGGUGACGUCCCGAAUGUCGUGUAGUUUAUAUCUUGUAUUUGAAUACAUGGAACACGAUCUGGCUGGACUUGCUGCGAGCCCCGGGAUCAAGUUUACGGAAUCGCAGGUUAAAUGUUACAUGAACCAAUUGUUAUCAGGGCUUGAACAUUGUCACAACCGUCACGUGCUGCAUCGUGAUAUAAAGGGAUCGAAUCUUCUGAUCGAUAACGAUGGGAUCCUUAGGAUAGCUGAUUUCGGAUUGGCGUCUGUCUUUGAUCCUAACCACAAGCAUCCAAUGACAAGUAGGGUGGUUACGCUAUGGUAUCGACCUCCUGAACUUCUUCUUGGAGCUACUGAUUAUGGCGUUGGUGUAGACCUCUGGAGUGCUGGCUGCAUUUUAGCCGAGCUGUUAGCUGGAAAGCCUAUCAUGCCCGGUCGCACCGAGGUUGAGCAGCUGCAUAAGAUAUUCAAGUUAUGUGGCUCUCCUACAGAAGAAUACUGGAAAAAGUCGAGAUUGCCUCAUGCAACCAUAUUCAAGCCUCAACAUUCAUACAAGAGAUGCAUAGCAGAGACGUUUAAAGACUUCCCGCCGUCAUCUCUGCCACUAAUCGAGACGCUUCUCGCCAUCGACCCCGCUGAACGCCUAACUGCCACGGCUGCUUUACAUAGUGAAUUUUUCACUACAAAGCCAUAUGCUUGUGAGCCUUCCAGUCUUCCUAAGUAUCCUCCAAGCAAGGAAAUGGAUGCAAAACUACGGGACGAAGAAGCUAGAAGGCUAAGAGCUGUUGGCAGAAGCAAUGCAGAUGGAGUGAAGAGAACACGGGCACGUGAUCGAGCUGUUCGGGCAAUUCCUGCUCCAGAAGCCAAUGCUGAGCUUCAAGCCAAUCUCGAUAGACGACGUCUCAUAACACACGCAAAUGCGAAGAGCAAGAGUGAAAAGUUUCCUCCUCCACAUCAAGACGGAGCGAUUGGCUACCAACUGGGAUCUUCGCAUCACGUCGAUCCGAUCUAUGAUCCUCCCGACGUUCCAUUUAGCACCAUGAAUUUCUCGUAUCCAAAAGCAAGCAUCCAAACAUGGUCUGGUCCCUUGAUGGACCCAGGUGCCGUUGGUGCUCCUCCAAGAAGGAGAAAACACACCGCAGGUCAUUCAUCAAGAUCAUCAUCCAAGGACUUGAAUAAGGAUAAAAAUUCUGCUCGUAUCUAAUACACGAAAACGUUAUCGACGAUCUCGGAUGAGCUUCAGAUAGCUCCUCGAAGAGAUCUUAAUCCAGCAUCUGUAAGGUCAAGCCUGGGAAAUUCGAUUGAAUUCUUCGGAAUGGUAGAGUAUAUCAUUUCUCAUUUUUAAAAUUUUCAGUUUUCUAUAUUCUUGUAAGAUCAGAUGCUUCGCUGGUUUGUAUAUUUCAAAGUCCUACUAAACUAUAUUAGCUUAUUGAAAAUAUCAAUAAAAUUUGUCUUUGGAAACCCUUCAAUGAUCCUUUGAAUUCAUUUGCUUCAUGGGAUCUGGAGGAUUUCCAAAUUCAAUGAAA